ACUGCUUCAGAGGAAGAGGUCUGGAGUUGCUGCGAUUGUGGUGAAGAAGAAAUGCGGAAAAUAUGGAUUCUUGGACUGGCCAUUCUAUUACGAGUGUGCCUAGGCCUUGGCCUUGGAAUGGGACCCGAGCUGGCCAUGCACUUGGCCCCCAACACUCUGCCGGACGUGCAGGAGGCAGCAGCGCGUGCUGUGAUCCAAAGAGUGAUCGGUCCGCGCUCCUCACAGCUCUUCAUAGUGGAAGUCACUAGACUCUUGGAACUUCGCAGCUUUCAGAUAAGCAUGCUGGACAGUGGGCAGAUUCUGAUAGGUGGCUGGGACGGCGUGUCCGUGUGCAAGGGCUUCCACCAUUAUCUGAAAUACGUGCUGAAUCGAGACGUGGACUGGUUCAAGAUGCGGAUCGAGCUGCCAACGAACGUGCAACUACCCAAUGUCACCAUACACUCCACCUCGGCCAGCCCCAUACUGUACCAUCAGAAUGUGUGCACAUGGAGCUACAGUUUUGCGUGGUGGGGCUUUGAGCAGUGGCGACGGCACAUCGACUGGAUGGCGUUGAUGGGCAUCAGUCUGAGCAUAGCACCCGUUCAGGAGGCCGUCUGGCAGGAGGUGUACAGGCAGCUGGGACUCAGCGCCGCUGAGAUUGAGGCCCAUCUGGCUGGACCGGCUUUUCAGGCGUGGCAGCGCAUGGGCAACAUUCGUGGCUGGGGCGGGCCCCUAAAACCGGAGUACCAACGCCUGCAGGAACUGCUGCAGCAGGAGAUUCUGCGCGCCCAGCGGGACUUGGGCAUGAGCGUGGCCCUACCCGCUUUUGCUGGCCACGUGCCCACUGCCAUGAGUCGGCUCUAUCCAAAUGCCAACUACACCGAGGUGGAGCGAUGGAACAGCUUUCCAGAUCCCUACUGCUGUGGGUUGUUCAUCGAGCCUCGGGAUCCGCUCUUCGAUCUGGUGGCCACACUCUUCUUGCGGCGCGUGGUUCAACGCUACGGCUCCAAUCACAUCUUCUUUUGUGAUCCCUUUAACGAGCUCCAACCACCAGUGGCGCAACCCGAGUACAUGAGGGCUACAGCCGCGGCUAUACACAACUCCAUGAGACGUGUGGAUCCAGAGGCGGUGUGGCUUCUGCAGGGCUGGAUGUUUGUGAAGAACAUCUUCUGGACGGACGCUAUGAUGGAGGCCUUCCUCACGGCGGUGCCCGUUGGCCGCCUGCUCGUCCUGGAUCUGCAGAGCGAGCAAUUCCCGCAGUACCAGCGCACCGACUCCUACUACGGCCAGCCGUUCGUAUGGUGCAUGCUGCACAACUUUGGUGGCACUCUGGGCAUGUUCGGAUCGGCCGACCUGGUCAACACCGGCAUCGAGGCGGCACGUCGCAUGCCAAACAGCAGCAUCGUGGGCGUUGGCAUCACACCGGAGGGCAUUGGCCAGAACUAUGUGAUGUAUUCGCUUGCCCUGGAGCGGGGCUGGAGUGAGCCCAACUUGGAUUUGGACCGCUGGUUUCGGCACUUUGCUCGCACUCGCUACGGCGUGGAUAAUGAGGGUCUGCAGCAGGCGUGGCAGUUGCUGAGGCACAGCGUUUACUCCUUCCGUGGCCUGCAAAAAAUGCGCGGAGGAUACACGGUGACACGGCGGCCUGCGCUCAAUCAGGAACCCUUCACCUGGUACAACGCCACCGAUGUGCUGGAGGCCUGGGAGCUGCUGCUGUCGGCACGGGCCAUCAUACCGCUGGAGGAUGGGAGGUAUGCGACGUAUGAGCACGAUCUGGUGGACAUUACGCGGCAGUAUCUGCAGAUCAGCGCGGAUCAGUUGUACGUCAAUCUGAAGUCGGCCUACCGGAAGCGGCAGGGGAGCCGCUUUGAGUAUCUCGGCUCCAAGCUGCUGCAGCUGUUUGACGAUCUGGAGCGCAUCCUGGCCAGCGGCUCGAACUUUCUACUUGGCACCUGGCUGGCAGAUGCCAAGAAAGCAGCUCCCAGCGCAAAGGACAAGCCUAACUUUGAAUUCAAUGCCCGCAAUCAGCUCACGGCCUGGGGUCCAGAUGCUCAGAUAUUGGACUAUGCCUGCAAGCAGUGGUCAGGGCUCGUGUGGGACUACUAUAGGCCGCGUUGGGCCCUUUUUCUGGACGAUGUUACCCUGGCUCUCCACUCGAACCGAUCCUUUAACAGCACUGCCUUCAGACGGCGAGUGCUGCUGGAGGUGGAGCUGCCAUUCAGCAACAAGUCGGAUGUGUAUCCGGUGGAGCCAAUGGGCAAUACUUGGUUCAUCUCCCAGAAUAUCUACGAGAGGUGGAAGGGAUACUUGAGGGAGACGCAGUUUCUGCACAACAAUCGGGUAUCUGUGAACCUCAAGUUGGGUGUUCCAUGAUCAGUGGUAAUGUUUACACAAUUAAAUGUACGGAUGAAGUAGAUUCAAUAAUUAUUUAUACACGAUUUGAGUAGAUCGUCCUCAAAGCAGAGGCUUCGAGCUGCACUCUCGAGUCUGGUCUGUCUCUUGACAGUCCUCUCACGGUAAUAAAAGAUUCCUACAUGUGAUCCAAGGAGUCACUUCUACUAUCUGCACAAAUUACAAACAGAAACCGCAAUCGCGCACAUCCUGGAUUUGCAGCGUACAUAAAUGUAGUUUUAAUUGAUUUUUAUUUAAAUUAAUGUACAAACUAAUUAUGUAAAAAUUUAAACAUGAUCAUUAAUACGCAUUUCUAUGUUUACU